AUGGUUGGCGUUUCGUUAAAUAAUUCAAAUAAGGCCGAUGAUAAAGAACAAUUGGUAGAAACAAAUACCGGUGAUGUUCUUGUCACCGUUCUACCAAUCAAAGGUGAACAAGAUGAUAUUCCAAUACAACAAAUAGAGGAUGUUCGUCGAAAACAAGCAUCGAUUUUAUUCGGUUGUCUUUCGGCAUUAUUUAUGUUAGGAUGUUUAGUUAUUGGAACAUGGCUUUUAUUUGAUUUUGUUAAUCGUACAGAUCAUACAUGGCGUCGUACAUGCCGUUUUCGAGUUAAACCAGCAAUGGAUAAAGAUGCUGAUAAUCGUGUUUUCUUUGAUCAUGGUGGUUUAACUGCUUUUGAUGAUGGUAAAAAUCACCUUGUACCACCAUUUAAAAAACCAGGUGUUCAACGGGAAUUUCAUCAGGAAGUAAAUGUCGAUCUUAAGAAGAAUACUGAAACUAUUGAAGUACCACAAAUUGGCUUUACAAGUACUGUUCGUAUAAUUGAAGAUUUCGAUCAUAAUAUCACUGCUAUUCGUGAUUUUGGUGUUAAUAAAUGUUUUAUUAUGCCACUUGAUCGUCAACAUGUACCAAAUCCAUCAAAUCUUAUUGAAACAUUUUUAGCUAUGAUGUCAGGACAAUUCUUGCCUGAUAAUGAAGUUUUACGUAAAACAAUGAAAGUUCAAACACCAGCUUUAACUGAAAGUGAAGUUGCUUUAUAUGGCCCUGUUGUUGCUGGUACAUGCUCAAAAGAUAUUAAAACAUAUCGUCUUGUUGCCAAAACAGCUGAUGAAAUGAAAAAUCGUCGUCGUCGUCGUAGUAGCCCACAAAAAGUAUCGUCAUUUAUGUAUUCGGUCGGUAAACGUGCAAUUAUGUUUGACAUCGACCAUUAG